AUGCUGCAACAGGUCAGUCUUGCAGAUGUCAUGUCAGCGCCGGUCCUGCGAAAUGAAUGGCCCAAGCCCGAGCCCCGCUACCGAACACAGCCCAGGAUGGACUUCCACAAAACCUGGCUGCCAUGGCUGCUUGCUCUUCAUGUCCUUGAUGUCGCUGUCAGAUGUGUGACUGCUUUGCAAAUUCACGAUGUGCAUGAAGCUCCUCCGUGUUCUAGACAUCCUGCUGGAAAGCAUUUGAUACAACUCCCAGAGAUCCAGAGGCAGUUCCUGCUCAUUGUGCCACAUGAGUAUACUGACGUGCGAUCUUCAGGCAUUCCUUUGGUUCUCGCCUUUCAUGGCUUUGGAGACUCGCCCUGGUAUUCGAAUUUGCUCUUUGAUUUUUCGCAGCACAUUGACAGAUAUGGUUGGCUGGGCAUCCUGCCCUUUGGCCUCAAUGAAACCAUGAACAACGGUUUGGAUGGAGUUGGUGCUUGUUGCCCAUCCGAUUGUCAAGGGGAAUGCUGCAUGAACACCCCGUCGUUGCGACGAAAAGGUCCAACUGCUUGUGGCUGGAGAGACAACAAGAAGGAUGUGCAAUUUGUUGAAGCAAUGAUCAAGUGGACAACUGAGAACUCUUGUGUUGAUCCUGAAAAGGUCUUUGCUAUGGGAUUCAGCAUGGGGGGCAUUUUUGUAAACUACUUGGCGUGCCAUUCAAGCCACUUGAUUCGUGGUUUUGCCCCUGUCUCUGGGAAUCCGGAGUUCAAAGACAAUGGCUGUAGCAUUUCACGGCCAAUCUCCUAUGUGAGCACAUGCGGCACUGCCGACGAUGUAGCAUACUGCCAAUAUCUCGUUGGGCAGACCGCAGAACUCUUGACAACAAAGAAUAAUUGUUCUGGAGCUGGCCCCAAUGGUGCAGCCAUGACAUAUGCUAGAUCUGCGACCACUUCCUGCAAAAUUUGGGACUGUCCACAGAAGAAUUUUAUGGAGGUUUGCAUGGUGGAAGGUCUUGCUCACGAUGUCAGUGGUCAUUUGCGUCCUGACAAUACCAGUUACCUUCGUCCAGGAAGUGACCUAGAUGCUGCAGAGUAUGCCUUUCAGAAAUUCACACUGCUGGUGGAUGGCAGCAUGCUGUUCUGGGGUCAGCCAACUGCGGAAGAACUUCGUUACAAGAAGUCAAUGUGGCCCUUUCCACAUCACGAAGACCAUCCUUACAUUCGCAAUGGAAAGCACUUGAUUCAACUGCCAGAGAUCCAACGACAGUUUCUCCUGGUCGUGCCGGAGGAGUAUGCAGGCUCAAAAACAUCAGGUGUACCAGGUGUACCUCUAGUGCUGGCUUUUCACGGAUUUUCGGACUCACCAUGGUAUCUCGAUUUGUUCAUGGACUUUUCCAAGCAUAUCAGCCGCUAUGGUUGGCUUGGUGUUCUCCCCUUCGGCCUGAAUCAGAGCAAGACAAAUGGUCUUGACGGAGUUGAUGCUUGCUGCCCACAGGAAUGCUUAGGGGAGUGCUGCAGGAAUACUCCCAAACUUCGUCAAAAGGAUGACACCGCAUGUGGCUGGAAGGACAAUGAGAUGGAUAUGAGAUUUGUCGAGGCUAUAUUACGGUGGACAACUCAAAACUCUUGCGCUGAUCCCUACAAGGUUUUUGCCACCGGAUUCAGCAAUGGAGCCGUUUUUGUCAACUACUUGGCAUGCCAUGCCACCCACCUUAUUCGUGGCUUUGCCCCAGUUUCUGGAGACACAUCACAGGACCAUUGUGAGAUUUCCCGACCAAUUUCAUAUGUCAGCAUGUGCGGCAGCAGUGAUGAUGAAGCAUUUUGCCAAUAUUUUGUAGAAGCCACCGGAACUCGUUUGAGUUUGCUCAAUCAUUGCACUGGUGCUGGUCCAGAUGGGGCAGCCAUUAUGACCAAAAAGUCUGCUACGACAUCGUGUCGUUCAUGGGAUAGUUGUCCACAGGGAAAUUUUGUGGAGAUCUGUGAAACGCAGGGGCUCGCUCAUGAUGUUAGCGGUCACUUGUGCCCUGACAACACCAGUUACAUUAGACCUGGUAGUGAUUUGGACUUUGCAGAAUACAUUUUUCAAAGAUUUUCGUUGCUGGUGAACGGCACUAUGCUGUUCUGGGGAGAGCCCACUCAUGAGCAGCUGCACUACAAGGAGUCAAAGUGGCCACCCUCACAUCAUGAAGAUCAUCCAUAUAUUCGCAACGGCUCGAUCAAGCUACUUUGA